AUGGGCUCUUAUGCCUGCUCUCUCUUUUUGUUGGGGGCCCUUGCCCUGAAAGAGACCUGGGAGGGCUCUCACUCCUUGAGGUAUUUCGGCACCACCGUGUCCCGGCCCGGACUCGGGGAGCCGCGAUUCUUCUCCGUGGGCUACGUGGACGAUCAGCAGUUCGUGGGCUUCGACAGCGACAGUGCGAGUCAGAGGGUGGAGCCGCGGGCACCAUGGAUAGAGAAGAUGGAGAAUGUGGACCGGGACUACUGGGAGCGGAACACGCAGAACAGUAAGAGGAAUGCACAAAUUUCCCGAGAGGACCUGCAGACCCUACACGGCUACUACAACCAGAGCGAGAGCGGGGUCCACACCUUCCAGCGCCUGGUCGGCUGCGAGAUUUCCCCGGACCUCUCCUUCAAGCGCGGGUUUGAUCAGUAUGCCUACGAUGGGCAGGACUACCUCGCCCUGGACACAGAGACCCUCACGUGGACGGCUGCAGUGAAUGAGGCAGUGAACUCAAAGCACAAGUUGGAGGCUGAGAGGAGCAAUGCGGAGAGAGAUAAAGCCUAUCUGGAGGAAACGUGCGUGCUGUGGCUGAAGAUGUACCUGGAGAUGGGGAAGGAGAGUCUGCAGAGAGCAGAUCCCCCUUCUGUCCAAGUGACCCGUCACAGCACCUCCAAUGGGGAGGUGACCCUUCAGUGCCGGGCCCAGGACUUUUACCCCGCGGAGAUCUCUCUGACCUGGCUGAGGGAUGGGGAGGAACAACACCAGGACACAGAAUUCAUCGAGACCAGGCCUGCUGGAGAUGGGACCUUCCAGAAGUGGGCGGCUGUGGGGGUGACCUCGGGCCAGGAAGGGAAAUAUACCUGCCGAGUUCAGCACGAGGGCCUGCCUGAGCCCCUCAUCCUGAAAUGGGAGCCAGAGUCCUCAUCUCCCUGGAUCAUUGUGGGGAUCCUUGCUGUUGCUGUCUUUCUCCUCACUGUGGUCAUUGCUGGAGCUGUGGUCUGGAGGAAGAAGACUUCAGGUGGAAAAGGAGGGGACUAUGUUCUGGCUGCAGGCAGUGAUAGUGCACAGGGGUCAGAUGUCUCUCUGUCAGCCAAA